GGAGGGCAGGGGAUGGACCCUAGACGGAGGGAGGGCUCGGAGGUCCAGUCUGGCUCUCCGUUUGUCCAUGCUUGUGUUGGUUCCAUAACCCCUUGCUGCGAGAGGCUAAUGUACUGAAUCGAGGCAGUUGGGGGGCUCCAGGGGAUCUGCAAUCAAGCCUCCGAAUCCAGAGAUUCGGCACCAGUCGUCAGUACCCGUACUCCAGAGGCUAGUAGGCUCAGUGGCCUGCUAGUAGGCCUCAGUGUUUUGAUUCAAGCCUUAGCAUAUGCAGAUAGUUUUAAGGAUUCAAAUUCACCUAGAGAUGCUAGGAUUGGGGCUCAUCAAAUGCAGAUUUAAUGUUAGUUCAGUGCUUGAGGAUCAUGCUUAGAAUUGAAGUUAAAUAUCCAGAGUUCACUUAGGGUUUGUGGUUCCAUAUUCACACCUGGGAUUUGAAGCUGAACAUCAGGAAAUGCAGCAAUUUGAGAUUUCAGUUUUCUUGAGGUUUGAGGUCAGAGAAGGGGGUCCAUUUCGUUCCAGAAUUUAGAGUUUGUUCAUGGCCAAAGGGAAGUCUUAGAGAUCAAAGCAUGAGGUUUAGGUAGCAAUCUCCCAUCAUGCUCAAAGCUGUGAUCCUCAUUGGAGGCCCUCAAAAGGGGACUCGCUUCAGACCUUUGUCUUUUGAGGUGCCCAAACCACUGUUUCCUGUGGCAGGUGUCCCUAUGAUCCAGCACCAUAUAGAAGCCUGUGCUCAGGUCCCUGGAAUGCAGGAAAUUCUGCUCAUUGGCUUCUACCAGCCUGAUGAGGCCCUUACCCAGUUCCUAGAAGCUGCCCAGCAGGAGUUUAACCUUCCAGUCAGGUACCUGCAGGAGUUUGCCCCUCUUGGCACAGGGGGUGGUCUCUAUCAUUUUCGGGACCAGAUCCUUGCUGGGGCACCUGAGGCGUUCUUCGUGCUCAAUGCUGAUGUCUGCUCUGACUUCCCCCUGAGUGCUAUGUUGGAUACUCACAGACGCCAUCGCCAUCCUUUCUUACUCCUUGGCACUACAGCUAACAGGACGCAGUCCCUCAACUAUGGCUGCAUUGUUGAGAAUCCACAGACUCAUGAGGUCCUACAUUAUGUGGAGAAACCCAGCACCUUUAUUAGUGACAUCAUCAACUGUGGCAUCUACCUCUUCUCCCCAGAAGCCCUGAAGCCUCUUCGGGAUGUUUUCCAGCGUAAUCAGCAGGAUGGGCAACUGGAGGAAUCUCCAGGCUCAUGGCCUGGGGCAGGGACCAUCCGCCUGGAGCAAGAUGUGUUCUCAGCCCUUGCUGGGCAAGGCCAAAUCUAUGUGCACCUCACUGAUGGUAUCUGGAGCCAGAUCAAGUCUGCAGGCUCAGCCCUCUAUGCCUCCCGUCUCUAUCUGGGUCGAUACCAGAUCACUCACCCAGAACGGCUAGCCAAGCACACUCCAGGGGGUCCACGAAUCCGAGGAAAUGUUUACAUCCACCCAACUGCUAAAGUGGCCCCAUCAGCUGUGCUGGGCCCCAAUGUCUCCAUUGGGAAGGGGGUGACUGUAGGUGAGGGGGUGCGGCUACGAGAGAGCAUUGUCCUCCACGGAGCCACACUGCAGGAGCAUACCUGUGUUCUACACAGCAUCGUGGGCUGGGGGAGCACUGUGGGGCGCUGGGCCCGUGUAGAAGGGACCCCAAAUGACCCCAACCCCAACGACCCUCGAGCUCGCAUGGACAGUGAGAGUCUCUUCAAGGAUGGAAAGCUACUUCCUGCCAUCACUAUCCUGGGCUGCCGUGUCCGGAUCCCUGCUGAAGUGCUUAUCCUGAACUCGAUUGUUCUGCCACACAAGGAGCUGAGCCGCAGCUUCACCAACCAGAUCAUCCUGUGAGGAGGCUACCAAAACACCCAGGACUCCUGCCUACUCUCCUUUGGUCUGCUGCCUGCUUGGCCAGGUCUAUCCAGAAAGGACUCAAGGAAGCCAGACAGAAUCUUCCCAUGUGGGGAGCCAUGUGGGUGGCCAGGGAUGCCUGAUCUCCCUCCCCAUUCCCAAAUAAACCCCUGUGAACCUUGGA